CGAUGGUCAUUGGUAAAACAUUAACGGACAGAGAUAAUCACCAUGGUAAUCAUGGAUCUUUUGGUUUCCCCCAACGCCCCACACUCUUCUCCACGUAACCAGGGCAAUGUCUGACCUAAUAUAGUGCCAGCACUAUCUUAUCUCCUUUAUAAGCCUUUAUAAACUCCACCAAGUGUUGGCGAAGGCAUCAUUUUGUUUUCCAUCGGCUUUGGAGCAAGCAGGCAUUCAGGCAUCUUUCCCCAGAUUCUACUGCUGGAGCGAUAGAACCAGAGGCCACAGUAUGUGUAAUGCGAAAUGCGCCAAGUGCGUUGGUAUAUGCCUCGUUCCUCUGGCUCUUCUCUGCAUCAUUGCCAAUACGCUGCUCUUCUUCCCGAAUGGAGAAACGGGUUAUAACACCGCGGAGAAGCUAGCGGAUAGCGUCUGGUGCUUCAGCGGGAUUUUGGGCUCCGGACUGUUGAUGGUGUUCCCAGUUCUGGUGUUCAUGGGAAUGGAAAAUAAUGACUGCUGUGGGUGCUGUGGAAACGAAAGCUGCGGGAAGCGAUUUGCGAAUUUCUCCUCCGUGAUCUUUGCUGGCAUUGGAGCGGCGGGAGCUGCCUAUUGCUUCAUCGUAUCCGCAGUGGGUCUCAACAACGGUCCAAAAUGUACCACAUUAACCAGCAACAACUCUUACAUCUACCCCUUUGAUGAAGGCAACUACCUCGGUAAUCACUCCAUGUGGAACGUCUGCCUGGAGCCACCACAGAUUGUCACCUGGCAUGUGACAUUGUUCGCUCUGCUGCUGGUGAUGAGCGGAGUCCAGCUUGUGCUCUGUGCCUUUCAAGUAAUCAAUGGGCUGUUUGGAUUCAUCUGCGGUUCCUGCUGUUCCUGCUGUGAAUCAGCCUAGAAGCUCAAAGAUGAAACAAAUGGGUGGAUGUACAGGAGAGCCAUUCAACUAUUACCCCUCUGCAACUGCUGGAGAGCUUUCCCAACAGACUUGAAGCACUUAUGAGAAAUAUACCCUUCGAUUCUGCUUUGUUCCCCGAAGCCUGAUGACAGAGACCACUGAAGCUUACA